UUGAGGAAGUAGACACGAAAAUGUCGUUGGAUCUGUGAGAAGUUGGCAAAUAUUUAUUUAUACUUGUAUUUUGUGUUGAUUCGAGUAAAAUGGACAGAUUCACAUGGUCAAAUGGUCUUCUGGAAAUGAAUGAAACAUUGGUGAUUCAACAACGAGGUGUCAAACUUUAUGACGGAGAAGACAAGGCCAAGUUGGAUGUUGGAAUUGCUCUGCUGAGUACUCACCAGUUAAUAUGGAGGGACCUGAAGAAUAAUGAAUGCUGCAUAGCCAUACCCCUUUCUCAGAUCAUCUACUUUGAGGAACAAGCUGCGGGUAUCGGAAAGAGUGCCAAGAUAGUGGUCCACCUGCACGCUUCCCCGGCCAAUAAGGAGCCAGGACCCUACCAGCAGAGCAAGUUCUCCUACUUCAAACUGUCCUUCAAAGAGCAUGGACAGAUAGAGUUCUUCCGGAGGCUGACCGAGGAGUUGAGCCAGAAGAGAUGGGAGAGUACGCCCAUGUCACAACCCAUCCCUACGGCAACCAACUCACAGACAGGAAGGACGCGAGCGGUGGGGAUCGUCGGCAUCGAGAGGAAGAUAGAGGAGAGGAGGAAAGAGACAGAGAAAAACAUCUCAGAGGCCUUUGAGGACCUCAGCAAGCUGAUGGUGAAGGCUAAGGAGAUGGUGGAGUUGUCCAGGUCCAUCGCCAACAAAAUCAAAGACAAGCAGGGAGACAUCACAGAGGAUGAGACUAUCCGGUUCAAAUCCUACCUGCUCAGUAUGGGUAUAGCCAACCCCGUUACCAGGGAGACGCACGGCUCGGGUACCCACUACCACCUACAGCUGGCCAAGCAGCUAGGGGACAUUCUGCUGGCACCACUAGAGGAGCGUGGUGGGAUGAUGGCUCUAACUGAAGUGUACUGUCUGGUCAACCGAGCUCGGGGAAUGGAGCUGCUGUCUCCAGAGGAUUUGGUGAAUGCCUGUAAGAUGUUUGAGUCGCUGAAGCUACCACUGAGGUUGCGUAUCUUUGACAGUGGUGUGAUGGUGGUUCAGCUGCAGUCCCACAGUGAGGAGGAGAUGAUCUCCUCGGCCCUGGACAACGUAACGGAUAAAGGCUCUCUGACAGCUGAGGAGUUUGCCAAGCUGCUCGGUCUCUCUGUUCUUCUGUCUAAAGAAAGGUUGUUACUAGCAGAGAAGAUGGGUCACCUGUGUAGAGACGACUCUGUGGAAGGACUACGUUUCUACCCCAACCUUUUCAACAGUCAGGCUUGAGGUCCCAAAAUAGCACCCUAGUCCCAGUAUAGUGCACUGCUUUUGACCCGGGUCCAUAGGUUUUUUUUUGUGCACUAUAUCGGUUCUACCAAAACUCUUCUCCACUCGUGUCUGAUCUGAUGACGGCGUGUCUGUGGGGUCAAAUGUGUUCGAUCGACGACUGGCAAAACCAAAACCCACUUCUCAGUUGUACCGGGGUGUACUACAAGGAUACAGCAGGAUCAAUGAGUUAGCCAGCUAACCUGCCUAAAUAUUCUGAAAUUAUAUUCUCUACAUGCUUUUUUUUUAGAAAGAUACAUUUAAAAUCUAAUAAUUGUAUUUGGAUAAUCUCUCUGUUUAACUUUCUUUUAAUGAAUCAGAAAAUUCAAUAGAUAUUUCUGUUUGUGUAUUAAAGUUACCUGACCAACUAGAUGAUCCUGCAUUGUAGCGGAGCCCUCUGUAUCCAUGGUUACCGCGUUGCGUUGAUACAGUAGGAAAAAGAGAAGGGCGACAUCUUUCCCAGACGUCACCUCGCUAGCACAAAUGGUGUUUCUCCUAUGACUGUUCCCUGGACUCUCUGGAGACGUUUGGGCCGUAGAGAAGCUCAAGGCAAGUCAAAUGUAUCAGAAUAUAUCUUGUCUCUUAGUCCCAGACAACAAUAAUCCAGUAUAGAUGUGAAUGGUUAAGGUAAAGGGGUUUUUAUGUAUUGGAUAAUAAAGUUAAAGUUGUCUGUCUCAAUGCUUUCAGUUUGAUAUCAUGUCUGUAUCUGUCAUCGUCAACAUUGUACCUAGUGUUGGAUCUAGGUAACACUAUGGAAAUAAAUUGUUAAAAAAAAUACCAAACUUCUCUUUUUAAUGUAAAGUGUGUUUACAGGGCGGCUGUUGAAACCUUUUACAGGUGGAAGGUCUCAGUAAGUCUGAAACCUCCUUUUUGAAGAGAAUCUUAGAUAACUCUCACGUUGUACCUCGUGCUGUGUGUUCCUUUACAUUAUAAAGACUGUCUGUAACAUAA